UCUUGUUGAACCAGGAAUUUCUAUCCAAUUUCAUCAUUUUGCAAAAGUAGCCAAAUUAAAAGCUCUAUAAAUAGCCUGUGGUUCUGCGGUAAAGACUAAAGGUGCUGGCUGGCUGAGAAGGCAGAUCAUUCCCCAUCAGCUUCCAAAUUUGCAUCGUGUCAUCGUCAGCACCAUGAAGUCGUUGGCUGUGUUCCUCCUUCUUUUCUCCAUCAUGGAGAAAUACUCACCGGCACAUGGUGACGAACAAGUUAAUUUGUUCAGGAGAACUGUUGAGUGUCCCUCUGACUGGACUGCAUUCAACAAUCGCUGUUUCAGAUUUGUUGCCGAUGCCAAGACUUGGGCUGGAGCUGAGAAAAACUGUAUGUCCUUGGGGGGAAACCUUGCAUCAGUUCACAGCAAAGAGGAUUACCAUCAGAUUCAGACUCUGAUAUUUAAGGCAUCUCGUAAGCCCAGUAUAACAUGGAUCGGAGGCAGUGAUGCACAGGAGUCAAAGAUUUGGUUGUGGAGCGAUGGAACCCCUAUGACCUACACAAACUGGUGUCCAGGACAGCCUAAUGGAUUCUUCCGUCAGAAGUGCAUUCAGAUGAACUAUUCAAAAAAAGUGUGCUGGGAUGACGUGAAAUGUUCUCUUAAGCUGCCGUCUGUCUGCGUCAAGAGAAACUCACCACCCACAGAGGCUGCAGCUUAAAGCAGAUCCAGUGCAGGAUGACUGAUCCGUGUUUCUUUAUUCCUGCAAAAUAAAAUAAAAAAAUAAUAAAAAUUGUGAAAUGAGAAACUC